GGAUGGAGGAAGCUUUUGGCUCCCGCCUCUAUGUCUGUUUGGCUAUGCUUGUCUUCCUGCCCUCCCUGAGCCUAGCACAGUAUGAGAGCUGGCCCUACCAGCUCCAGUACCCUGAGUACUUCCAGCAGCCGGCUCCCGAGCACCAUCAGCACCAGGUGCCCUCUGAUGUGGUCAAGAUCCAGGUGCGCCUGGCGGGCCAGAAGAGGAAGCAUAAUGAAGGUCGAGUGGAGGUCUAUUAUGAGGGCCAGUGGGGCACCGUGUGCGAUGAUGACUUCUCCAUCCAUGCCGCCCACGUGGUCUGCCGGGAAGUGGGCUAUGUGGAAGCCAAGUCCUGGACUGCCAGCUCCUCCUACGGCCCAGGGGAAGGGCCCAUCUGGUUGGACAAUACCCACUGCACUGGGAAAGAGGCAACCCUGGCAGCCUGCUCCUCCAAUGGCUGGGGCGUCAGCGACUGCAAGCACACAGAAGAUGUCGGUGUGGUGUGCAGCGAGAAAAGGAUUCCUGGGUUCAAAUUUGACAACUCAUUGAUCAACCAAAUAGAGAGCCUAAACAUACAGGUGGAAGACAUCCGGAUUCGGCCCAUCCUUUCUGCCUUCCGCCAUCGCAAGCCUGUGACAGAGGGCUAUGUGGAGGUGAAGGAGGGCAGGGCCUGGAAGCAGAUCUGUAACAAGCACUGGACGGCCAAGAAUUCCCACGUGGUCUGUGGCAUGUUUGGCUUUCCUGCCGAGAAGAACUACAACCCCAAGGCCUACAAAACCUUUGCCUCAAGGAGGAAGCUGCGCUAUUGGCAGUUUUCCAUGAACUGCACGGGCACCGAAGCUCACAUCUCCAGCUGCAAGCUGGGCCCUUCAGUGUCCCGGGACCCUGUGAAGAAUGCCACCUGUGAGAAUGGACAGCCAGCUGUGGUCAGUUGUGUACCUAGCCAGAUCUUCAGCCCUGAUGGACCCUCAAGGUUCCGAAAAGCCUACAAGCCAGAGUCAAAAUCAGAGCCUCCUCUGCGGCUCUUCACAGAAGGAGGGCAUCCGUUGGUGAUCGGCACAGACUCCUUGCACUCCGUCCGUUGA